AUGGUUUCCUUACAAGAAAAGGUUAAAAGUGUUGGUGUUGGAGUUGGAGUUGGAGUUGGAGGAGGACUUGUUGCUGAGAUUAAAUUGCUUAAGGAAAUGCAACAACAUUGUGGGGUGAGAAAGAGUUUGAAUUCUGAGUUAUGGCAUGCUUGUGCUGGUCCUCUUGUGACUUUACCUCAUGUGGGAGGUCUUGUUUAUUACUUCCCUCAAGGACAUAGUGAACAGGUUGCAGCUUCUACUAGAAGAACAGCAACUUCACAGAUUCCAAACUAUCCUAAUCUUCCUUCUCAGUUGUUGUGUCAAAUUCAAAAUGUCACACUACAUGCUGAUAAGGAAACGGAUGAAAUCUAUGCUCAAAUGACUCUUCAACCAUUGAAUUCUGAUAAAGAAGUGUUUCCUGUAUCUGAGUUUGGAUUGAGCCAAAGUAAACAUCCAACUGAGUUUUUCUGCAAAACUUUGACUGCUAGUGAUACUAGCACACAUGGUGGCUUUUCGGUUCCGCGCAGAGCUGCUGAGAAGCUGUUUCCUCCACUCGAUUACACAAUUCAACCUCCAACUCAAGAACUUGUUGUUAGAGAUUUGCAUGAUAAUACAUGGACGUUUCGACAUAUAUACCGAGGUCAGCCGAAGAGACACCUUCUCACAACAGGAUGGAGUUUGUUUGUCGGCUCAAAAAGGCUUAGAGCGGGCGAUUCAGUUCUUUUUAUCAGGGACGAGAAAUCACAAUUGCGAGUUGGUGUAAGGCGUGCUAAUCGUCAACAGACAACAACAUUGCCAUCAUCAGUACUUUCUGCUGAUAGCAUGCACAUUGGCAUCCUUGCUGCUGCAGCUCAUGCUGCCGCUAACCGAAGUCCUUUCACGAUUUUCUACAAUCCGAGGGCAUGUCCUUCAGAUUUUGUUAUUCCACUGGCGAAAUACCGAAAAGCUGUUUAUGGGACUCAGCUCUCAGUUGGUAUGAGAUUUGGUAUGAUGUUUGAGACCGAGGAAUCGGGUAAGCGCAGAUACAUGGGAACGAUUAUCGGUAUCAGUGACGUCGAUCCACUAAGGUGGCCUGGUUCUAAGUGGCGAAAUAUUCAAGCCGAAUGGGACGAGCCAGGGUGCGGUGAUAAGCAAAAUAGAGUUAACGUAUGGGAAAUUGAGACUCCCGAAAGCCUUUUUAUCUUUCCUUCUAUGACUUCGAGUCUAAAACGGCCUUUACAAUCCGCUUUUUCGGAAAAUGAAUGGGGAACUUUGAUAAGAAGACCUUUUAUUAAAGCACCUGAAAACGGAACAAUGGAUCUCUCAAACUCGAUGUCGAAUCUCUACCAAGAAAACAUGAUGAAGAUGAUGUAUAAACCUCAAGUAAUCAACAACAAUGGAGCAUUUUUACCUGUCAUGCAACAAGAAUAUGCUCCUACAGGAGUUCCUUUGCAAGAUGUUAAGUCUUCGCAUGCGAUGGAGAAUCCGAAAGUCCAUCUUUCAACUACCGAGAGCAUACCGAGUAAUACCUUAAACAUGCAUUCAUUGUUGAGAAAUGAUCAACCUGAAAAAUUUCACCCUUUGACCAAAACCGAGAAGAUGAAAAUAGAAUCCGAGUCGUUGCCUGAUCAAAUUUUCGACUUCCCUUCUUUCGAAGCCUGCAACAAUGUUGAAAAAGCGAAUGCGGUGAAUCCUGUUAAUUCUCAAAGCCUUGCAAACCAAUCAACAUACCAUAAUCAAAAUCCAUUAUUAUUCAAUCAAACUAGUCCGUGGCCUAUUCAGCAGCAGCCUCAGUUAGAUUCGUCGAUGUUGCAUCCUCAAUUGAUUGAUAUGGUUCAACCCGAUUCUUCCAUUGUGAACGGCAUGCUUCCUCAAAUAGACGUUGACGAAUGGAUGAUGUAUUCUUCUUGCCAACCUCAAGUAGCGAAUCCCUCUAUACCUUCAAUGAACCAAGAAGUUUGGGAUCAUUAUGUUAAGAAUUUUAACAUGAAGGAUCUUUCAGAUGAAAGCAAUAACCAAAGUGAAAUUUGUGUCAAUGUUGAUGUCAGUAAUAGUGAUAAAGAUUUUCAACAUCCUCAAGACUGCAUGGUCGGAAACUUAAGUUCUAGCCAAGAUGGCCAAUCUCAGAUAACAUCCGCAAGUCUAGCUGAGUCGCACGCGUUCUCUCUGCGAGACAACUCAGGCGGCACCUCUUCAAGCCAUGUUGAUUUCGAUGAAAGUAGCUUUUUGCAGAACAAUAACUCAUGGAAGCAAGUAGCUGCACCGAUCCGAACCUACACAAAGGUGCAAAAAGCAGGUUCGGUUGGAAGAUCGAUCGACGUAACUACGUUCAAGAACUAUGGAGAGCUGAUUUGCGCAAUUGAAUGCAUGUUUGGACUGGACGGUCUGCUGAAUGACACGAAAGGUUCGGGAUGGAAACUAGUAUAUGUAGAUUAUGAGAGUGAUGUUCUACUUGUUGGAGAUGACCCUUGGGAGGAAUUCGUUGGAUGUGUUAGGUGUAUAAGAAUAUUAUCACCUACAGAAGUUCAACAGAUGAGUGAAGAAGGGAUGAAGCUUUUAAACAGUGGAGCAUUACAAGGAAUCAAUGUUUGA